AUGGCGUCGAGGGUUGAACAGUUAUACAAGGAAAAUGGCCAAACCGGCUCAGUAUUCUCUAUUUCAGGACCAAUUAUUAUUGCAGAGAAUAUGCGAGGCAGCUGUAUGUACGAACUUUGUCGGGUAGGGUACGACUCGUUAGUGGGGGAAAUCAUUAAAAUAGAGCACGAUAAAGUUACCAUACAGAUCUACGAGGAAACAAGUGGUGUAGCAGUUGGUGACCCUGUAACCGGCACAGGAGAGCCUCUGACUGUCGAACUUGGGCCUGGACUGAUGGGUACUAUUUACGACGGAACUCAAAGGCCUCUGGAGGCUAUUUCAUGCCUGACAAAAAGUAUUUAUAUCCCACGUGGGAUUGACGUUCCUGCACUCAACCGCGAAAAGACUUGGGACUUCAAGCCGGGAACAUUCAAAGUUGGGGAUCACAUCACCGGCGGUGAUAUCUGGGGAAAUGUAUUCGAGAAUAAUUUACUUGAUGACCAUAAGAUUAUGCUUCCUCCGCGUGCAAGGGGAAGAAUCACGCGAAUAGCGGAGGCGGGUAGCUACACGGUUAUCGAGAAGCUUUUGGCAAUCGAAUUCGAUGGCAACGAAGUCGAGUAUAGCAUGAUGCAUGUUUGGCCGAGAGUCCUCGAUGCUCUCUUCCCAUGCGCACAGGGCGGCACGGUAUGUAUCCCUGGUGCGUUCGGAAGCGGCAAGACAGUCAUCAGCCAAAGCAUUUCCAAAUUCUCAAACAGCGAUGUCAUUGUCUAUGUUGGAUGUGGUGAGCGUGGUAACGAAAUGACAGAGGUCUUGAUGGAGUUUCCUCGGCUGUCUAUAAGCAAGGAUGGAAAGAUGGAGUCUAUAAUGAGACGAACUUGCCUGGUAGCUAACACCUCCAACAUGCCUGUCGCCGCCCGCGAGGCUUCAAUCUAUACCGGUAUUACUAUCUCGGAGUAUUUCCGGGAUCAAGGCAAAAAUGUAACGCUAAUGGCGGAUUCUACCUCUCGCUGGGCCGAAGCUUUACGUGAGAUUUCUGGUCGCCUUGGGGAAAUGCCUGCAGACCAAGGGUUCCCUGCCUACCUAGGUUCCAAGCUGGCUUCCUUCUAUGAACGUGCAGGGCGAGCUCUGGUUAUCGGCAGUGCGAAAAGGACGGGUAGCAUCAGUAUUAUUGGUUCAGUGAGCCCUCCCGGUGGGGAUUUUUCAGACCCCGUCACUAGCUGCACCCUUGGUAUUGUUCAGGUGUUUUGGGGUCUGGACAAAAAGCUCGCGCAGAGGAAACACUUUCCUUCCAUCAACAUCUCCUUAUCUUACAGUAAAUACUCAGCAGUCUUAGAACCGCACUAUGAGAAGUACCACCCUGGGUUCCCACAGCUAAGGGACAAGAUGAAAAAGCUUCUAUCAAGCUCAGAAGCUUUGAAACAGCUCGUGCAACUGGUCGGCAAGACUGCACUUAAUGACCACGACAAAAUUACACUUAGUGUGGCUUCAAUGGUUGAAGAAGAUUUCCUACAGCAGAACGGCUAUAGUGAUUAUGACCAAUUUUGCCCUCUCUGGAAAACCGAGUAUAUGAUGAAGGCUUUUAUGCGUUUUCAUGAUGAGAGCCAAUGGAUCAUUUCUCAGGGCCAUAAAUGGGCAAAAGUCAAAGAAUACACCGCCACUACCUGGACGGCACUUCGGAACAUGAAGUUUGAAAUACCUGAUGACGAAGCUACGGUGAUAACAAAGUAUGAAAAUAUUCUGCGCAUACUUUCUGAAAUAUUUGCCUCUUUCCUAACUAGUGAAGUUGACCCUGAGGAACGAGCACAGUCUUCAAUAUGCUAA